CGACGCCAGUGCGAGAAAGACGCAGUUUCAUGCAGACUUCCGGCUGGCGAGAACAGGGGAGAAGCGCGCGCGCGAGUUGCUCAAAUUACGAGAAAUAAUUAACAAUUGACUCAUAACUCAAGUUAAUUACCGGUGCUGACGAUUCCCUUUCAACCCCCAGGGCUCCUCCGAGCCGGGACAGUUCGGAAACUUCGUCAAAAUCCGCCCGAAUCCCUUGGAUUCACCGAUUUUUUUUCACCUCAAUUUUUUUUUCCACUUUUUUUUUUCUCUCGAAGAGCUGUCCGACUUCUCUCGACUACACUUCCGGUGAAUGAGGUCAAAAUGAUUAAAAGCACGCCGCCAAAAUGACUUCCGCCAUGUGAGGUCGUUUGUAAUAUUUCAAUCAUCAAAACUUUUAUGGAUUUGGAUGUUUGUAGCUUGUAAUUUGACAUUUAUAACAUCAUAAUCUAUGUGCACAGUGUGUAUUUAGUGUCGAAAUUAAAAUUAAUGUGAAAUAAAUGGAAUUUACCAACACGUUCUAAGCUCUUCAUAAUUUUUUUUAAUGUACAUAUCUCAAAUUUUAUGGAAAAUAUGAAUAUGAAAAAUAUUUAUUUUAAUAUUUGUCCUGUGCAUGGUGCAUUAGCGUGACAGGAAUGGUCAAAUAAUCCACUCCAAUAAAGAAAGACAAACUAUGCAACGAAAAAAAAACAAUCAAAUUACGUGUCUAUGCUCCUCUAUAUUUUAUAUAUUGUAUAUUUAUUUACCUAUAAAGAUCUGAAAUUCACGUGUAUGAAAGUCUGACCAAGAGUCGGCUCUCACGAGACACGGGCGGUGGGCGGGGCCAAUGGCUGUUUCUCCGCCCAUUUAGGCGGGAUUAUCAAUUCUGUGUUUUGAUUGGUUCAUAUCCGGCCAAUGAGAGGUUAGCGGGAAUAGCGACUAAACAGUUUUCAAUUUGAAAUCCAAACGGCUACGAGAGAUCAUUGCGCGGGGGAGUGUUCAUUUGCUGUCGUAUUUCUCAUUUCCGUAUUUAAAGGUUAGUUUUCCCCUAUUUUCCUCUUUACAUCAACAAUGAGGUUGUUAAUGUAAGUAUUUGCUGCGUAUGUUAAUCACAUUGGUAUCAAGAUAAAGUGUAUUGUGCAGAUUUCCACGCGACUGACGUCAGCUACGAUUGAACACAUGAAUGUUUUUACAUUGCGACUGUUUUGUUUUUGUAUAUAAUUAAUAAAUCUGUUUAUCAGCAACUUGGAAAUAGUUGAUUUGGUUCCGCUCUCAAUAGGCAAAUUUAUCUGGCUAGCUAACGUUCAUUAAUCUUUUAAUAUGUGUUGUGUUAUUAUGUCAAUGUGACCAUGUUUUGUUUGUGUUGGGCUUGACCUCCAGAAAAAUUGUAUAGGAUCCAUGAACAAAGAGAAUACAUCAUCUCGCCUCCCAGUUAUGUCUGGGAAACGGGCACUCACCUCUAGCACAGAUGGGGAGCAACAACAGCCUGCACAGAAGAAGAUGCGCAAGGUGGAUGCAGAGCCGCCAAGGUUUAAACCCGCUGCCAGCGUUGCGCCCCCAAGGCGACCAGUUGCAAUCAAAGCUCCUGUCAAACCUCUUCGUCCAACUGGAGCUGCAACAGUCGCAUUUGCCCCCUCAAGAGGUAUUUCAAAAGGUGACCAUAAAAGACCGAUUGCAGCGAUUGCUAAAGCAACUGCAGGUUCAGGUGUGUCCCGAAGGCCAGGAUGGGACCUGAAGGGUAAAGUCAGUGACAUGGAGGCCAAAGUCCAAACUUACCAGAGCAAAGUAAAAUCUGUAAAUCAGGAAAACGACAGUCUAAAAGACUCCAUUUCCAAAGCCCAAAAGCGAGAAUUUGAAAUAAGAGAGGAAUGUAAUCGCAUCAAAAAGCGUCUCGGGGACUGUGAAGAGGAGCUGGUAAAGCUGGCUACUGUGAGAGAUGACCUGGAGCAAACUUCUAAAGAGAGGGAUGGUCUUAAGAAAGACCUCAAUAAGCUAACUGAGGAACACAAGGUUUUGGAAGGUCUCAGGGAUCAUUUGGAGUCUGAGCUCCGCAAUGUACAGACUCAGCUCUCCAUUCAGACAUCUGCCUUGGGUCGGUGUCAAGACAGUCUGAAAGAGUGUCAGGAAAUGGUCAGGAACCUUGAGGAGACAGUGGUCCGUCAACGGGAAGAGCUCCACUUUGGAGAAAUGGAGCGAAGGAAACUGCACAACACCAUUCAGGAGCUCAAAGGCAACAUCAGAGUCUUUUGUAGAGUCCGCCCACUGCUGACCGGCAAUCAGUCUGAUAUUCUGCAUAUCCAGUUGCCUGCCCAUGACAACAAGGCUCUCACGCUGGCCAAAGUGGAAGAGUCGCACACAGGGCGCACAGCCGACACACAGAAAAGCUAUAACUUCAGCUUUGACCGCGUGUUUGGGCCACGGGCCACUCAGAACGAGGUUUUUGAAGAGAUUUCCCUGCUAGUCCAGUCAGCUCUGGAUGGCUACAACGUUUGUUGCUUUGCAUAUGGUCAAACGGGCAGCGGUAAGACCUUCACCAUGGAAGGGGGCGAAAUGGAGGACAUGUGGGGCGUCAUCCCACGCGCUGUCCAGCAAAUCUUUAAGUCUGCCAAAGCACUCUGUGAGCAAGGGUGGGAGUACACCUUCACUGCCAGCUUCGUGGAGAUCUACAACGAGACCCUUCAAGAUCUUCUGUAUACGGGAAAACCAAACAAGAGACUUGAGCAUGAGAUCAGGAAGGUCUCCAACACCGAGAUCACAGUCACCAACCUGACCUACCAAAAAGUCAACAAUGAGGAUGAGGUACACAAUUUGAUCAUGUUGGCAAACCAAAACCGGUCCACUGCCCGCACCUGCAUGAACGAUCACUCCUCGCGUUCUCACUCUGUGUUCCAGCUAGACAUAGAAGGAGAGAACUCUGAUAGAGACACCAAAUGCAAGUCUAUAUUGUGUCUAGUGGACUUGGCUGGCAGUGAAAGAGUGCAAAAGAGUCAGUCACAAGGAGAACGCUUCAAGGAAAUGACUGCCAUCAAUUCUUCCCUCACCAACCUGGGAAUUGUGAUCGCUGCUUUGGCCAACAAGGACAGCUUUGUUCCCUACCGUAACUCCAAGCUCACCUACCUCCUCCAGAACUGCCUUGGAGGCAACAGCAAAACUUUGAUGUUUGUCAAUAUUUCCCCUGAGGAAGAAAGCUUCAGUGAGUCCCUGAAUUCUCUUCGCUUUGCCAGCAAGGUGAACGACUGUGUCAUUGGAACAGCCUCUGCUAAUCGGAAGUAGCUUAGCCAUCAUUUUCCAUAUUCCCCUGUUGUGAUUUUUAAGUGUGUGGUUUAUUUUUUUUUUUUUGUUUUUUUUAAAUCUAUUCCUCUCAUUUAUUCCAUAUUUAAGGACAUCCACCUAUCUGUCUUUCAGUGUAUUUUUACAUUUCUGUGAUAUAUUUUAAUGUAUAGUCUGGUUUGGUAUCUUUUUAGAUUUCUGAUUGGCAGACAAUUUAUCAAUGUUUAUCGGCCAUCAAAUGCAUAUUGUACUUAAACUUGUAAGAACUUAAUAAAUUUUCCAUUUCGCCGUGUAAUGCAGCGGUGAGCAUGAUUAUGAUGCCAAGUGGACAAAGUUUCAAUAUUGUUUGCUUAGCCAUGGAUGUUAUCAAAAUGUGUAAAAUAUAUAUAUAUUAUACUUUUUUUUUUUUUACGUUCGUAAAAUUAAUUUAGGCUGUAAAUGUUUUGGCUACGGAAAUGCAAAUGAUAAAUGUUUUUCUAUUACAAAAAUUGACAAUGGAAACCAUAGUUUGUCAAAAUACAAAAUGUACUGUAAAACAGGUACUUUGGUAUUAGCCACCAUUAUCAAAAGGAAUAAAAUGACAGAAUAUGCUUGGGGGGGCCUUGGACUCUUAGGUUUUUGUUUAGUUUUAUUUUUCAUUAUUUCUGUUGACAAAACAGGUAAGAGUGAAUUAUUUAUUUUUUUUAAAAAAAAAUUUUUUAAUGCUGUAUUUGGUCACUUCCGUUCUUUUUUUUUAAAGGAAUAUUCUGGAUUCAGUGUAAGUUCAGUUAAAUCGACAGCAUUUGUGGCAUAAUGUUGAUAACCACACAUACAUUUUGACUUGUCCCUUUUCUUGGGGGAAAAAAGCAAAAACACGUGUUACAGUGAGGCGCUUACAAUGGAAGUGAAUGGGGCCCGUUUCUGGAGGGUUUAAAGGCAAAAAUGUGAAAAUUAUGAUUCUAUAAUAGCACUUAUUAAUUCUUCAUUUAAAACUUGUGUAUUAUUUGAGCUGUAAAGUUUUUUUUUAAUUGUCACUUAUGGUCAUUUUAGGGUUUAUGGCAUUCUGUCAUCAAGGCAAUGAAGUUGUAAAUUGGAUAAUUUGACAGAAAAUUUGACACAAAUCAUGUUAACAUGCUUAUUGUUAACAUCUUAUGGCUUUGCUUUUGAAAAAAAGUGAGUAUUUUAAUGUUUAUGGGUUGGCCCCAUUUACUGUCAUUGUAAGUGCCUCACUGUAAACCAGAUUUGAGCGCUUUUUUGCUGUUAACUCUUGUGCUUCAAUAAAAAAAAAGUUACUCUGAGGUU